AAUGUCAUUUCUUCUCUCUCCUUACAGGCCUCAGGCCCAGGCCCAAGGCCAAGUGAGAGAGCCCAGGCCACAGGACAUGCUGCCAUUCUGCCAAGAGAGGCUCUUCUGGGGGCCAGGCUGGGACUGGGCCCCGGAAACCAAAAGUCCGUGCCUUACCCAGCUGGGGCCCUCCCGGAGCCUUCUUUGGGUGUUGUGGCUGGGACCCCAACAGGCACCAGUACCCUGCCAGGCCUAGUGCCCUCCUGGACUGCCUGCACGCGCCAGCCUCCUACCUGCUUCCUAAAGGCGACCCUGGCCCACACCCGCAUGCACCCGGUGCAGCCUGCCAAGGGCCAGUCGGGGGGGCUGUGUCCUGCCAGUGUCCACCACAGCUCUGCCUGCCCUUCAGCCCAGCAGGGUUUAAUCAAAACUCAAUGCUUUGCGAGUCUUUACUGCUCGGAGGUGGCUGAGUUGGGGGCCCUGGGCAGGGGUAGGCUGGCAGGCAGUGCCAUGGCAGGCCAGGGUCCCCUCCCGUGGGGUCUGGCCCCCAUCCCAGCAUGUCCAGCCCCUGAAGUUGGAGUGGGGAGCGGUCUGCAUUUGCUGCCACUGCCAGGCCUCUGCCCUGCAGCUAAAACUUGGCCAUCACAUCAACAGAAAACCCCUCCCAGUGCCAGCUGCCCAGGAUGGGCGGGCCCUGGGGACAAUACAGUCCACCUGAGGGGCUGCAGGGUGACACCCAGCAGCCUCUGCCCCCUCACUGCCCACCCAGCGAGGGCAGCCUACCCGAGCCUGCCGCCUGCCAGGUGUGUGCCCUGAGGCUGGCAGCUGGACGUGUGGCCAAUAAAAAGCAGACCUAGCCCGG